UCUGGAGGCGGGGCGGGACGGGUGGGUGGAACCCGCUGCCAGUCACGGCUUUUCCCUGGAGCCCGCCUCCCGCUCGGGCCCGCCCCGCCGCCGCCCUCUCACGGCGCCCGCCGAACAUGCCGCUGGAUCACCGCCGCCUGUGCGGCCCGGAGGAGUCGCAGCCGCCCGCGCUGUGGGCAGCGGCCGAGGAUGAGGAGGACGAGGAGGGCGCGGGGAAGGCGCCGCGGGACCCCUGUGCCCUGCGGCCGCUGUUCGCGCGGGCCGGGCUGCUGAGCCAGGCGCAGGGCUCGGCCUACGUGGAGCUGGGCAGCGGCACCAAGGUGCUCUGCGCCGCCUGGGGCCCGCGGGACGCGGCCGAGCCCGGCCCGGGCCGGCUGAUCUGCGAGUUCCCCGGGGACGCGGGCGUGGAGAUGUACGACCUGGCCGUGGGCUGCGCGCUGUGCCGGCCGCCCGCGCCCGCCGCCUCAUGGAUGCUGCAGCCCGCCGAGCCCGAGGAGCGCCGCGCCGCCGCCCGCCUCACGCUGGCCCUGCUGCCCGCCCUCAACCAGGUGUCGGCCGUGCUGGGCGGCGGCCGCGGCGGCCCGCCCGAGGACUGGGCGCAAGCCCUGCGGCUCGGCCUCGAUGGCUGCCACCGGCAGUACCCGGUGCUGCGGCAGAGCCUGCUGCGGGCCGCGCAGCGCCGCGAUGCCGCCGCCGCUGCCACCGCCGCCGCCGCCGCCGCCACCAGUGCCUGAGUGCCCGUGAGAGCUGCGCGCCCCAGCCUGGGGAUGGGGCAUGUCCCAGAGCCCGCCCCAGCUGCUUUCAGUGCUGCCGGAGACCCCUGGAGCCUGCCUGAUCCACACAUCACUGUUGGGGAUUAAAAUAAGUUUACUUUUAGAGUUUUAAAAGUUUAUUAAGUUUAAUUGUAACUGCUGGUGAACCUCCAGACCCAGCCUGAUCCAUGCCUCACGCUGCUGGAGACUGGAUGAGCCAUCCUUUGCGCUGCUGGAGACCCCUCGUGUUGCCCACACAGCUGGAGGCCCAAGAACUGUGCCCGAGGACACGGGAAUCUGCACCCCCCACGCACUGCCCAAGCACCCCAGAGUGCACCUGAGAAGCCCUCGUGUUGCAGAAGAUCAUUUUCAACUGGCGCCAUGGGACCCAAACAGCCUUGCACACUGCUGAAGCCCUCCAAGAACAACCUCCAUACUGCCUCAGCAGCCAGAGCCUGCCCGAGACCUCCCUCCAAGCAAUUGCUGGUACUCUGGGACCCCACAUCUCCACCCGGGGUUCACAGCACCAGGCUGAAAACCUCACUCCGAGCUCCCCACCAUAUCCAUCUGUGCAGGCAGCACCAGGCAGGAACCAGUCAUGGCAUGGACUGUGCAUCCCUUGGACUUCUUGCCCAGGCAGUGGGCAAGAGUUGUGUUUUGUUAGUUUUUUCAUAAUAAUAAAUCGUAUUUUUUCUGGUGA